UUUACUAGGGCUUACCAAUACCCAACGGCCAUUACUCUUUCCACACGCCUCUAGAGCCCCAAAAGCUCACUUUUUCACUCCGCCCCACUUUCCUUCCUUCCCUCCUCCUCUCUUCUUCUCCAUUUGCCCUCUUUCAUUUUCUGCUGCUAAGAAAAACCAAAUCUUUACUACCCUUUGCUCUGCUUUCCCACAAACAGAACCCGAAAAACUCAUCUUCACUUAGAAACACAACAAACAUACAGAGAAAAUGUCUAACAAGUCACCAAUAUUUCCGAUGCCACAACCUCAACACUUCAGCGACUAUGGCUUUGACCCUCAAAUCGACUAUUUUCAGGUCCUGGAAGAAGCAAGAAGACACAAGCGUGAGACAACAAGAUCCAUAGACUCCAUACACUUCAAGCUCCAGAAACCCAUCUCCAAAGAAGACCCCAAAAAGACCAACAAGGCCAAGAAGAAGCGCUGGUGGAAAAGCGCUCUGCUUUUCUUCAAAUGCAUCACCCACCACCACCAUGGCCACAACAAUCGCAGCGAAGAAGACGUGCACCAGGCCAGGGCUAAUGCCUUCAGGGCCUCAAUUUCAGGUCCCGUCUAUAUCACAGAGAGCAGAAGUGGCUCGAGCACGCCUUACCGUACGACAAGCAGGCCGUCGUCGGGACCCCUCUCCGGAACUCUGUCUCCUGCAAGUAGGGGUGAGCUGGACAUUCCUUAUAUCAGCCUCAGGGAGCUUAACAUGGAGCAGCAGCAACAGAGGAACUCUACCUCUGCCAUGCCCAUAUAUUUGGUUACUUGAUUACUAUUUUAUUUGAGUGAUUAGAUUAAUCAUCUUGUUAGUCUUUGGAGAGCCAUAUAUAUUUUACUAAGCGCUCUUCUUGUGAUUGAUUAAAUGGGGGGUGUUAAUUGGGGUUUGUUUGUCCAUUUUUGUUUUUGCAUACUGCAAAGGCAAUUUGAUCCUUUGGAGGAAAUCUAGAUCCUCCUUUUGGUGUUUGUUGCUCACUUUUUCAAGCUACGAAACUAAUGAACCCUGCUUUGACUUAAGUCAACCUUCUA